CUUCUAUAUCCAUAUACCUUGCGCGGCAGGACGAAAGUUGAAUUUGUUUUUCCUAUUUAUUGGCCUUUCCAUGCAGGAUCAUCGCGUUGUUUUUAAGUCCCUUUUUUGUUAGAUGUUGAUUCCACCUUCGUUUACUGCUCCUAUUUAUUGUGUGUGCAUUUAUUAUACAACAAUUCAACCUUAUUGCCAUGGAAGCAUACCUGAAACAGUAUCACGAUCAGGAGAUCACCGAUCUGCUAAACAAUUCCGAUGAUUUGCUGCACGUGUCCAUCCAUGUAAGCUUAACACACCUGCAGCGCAAAGCACCGCAACUGUUUGCGCGGAUCUUUCACGACACGGAAGCCGAGCUGGUACGAUGGAACGACUGUUUGCUUCGUGCGCAAAAGUCGCUCAUCGAGGGUAAUCUCUUUCUCGAGCCGGGGUUUCAAAUCAAGCAAAACUGCCACGUACGUUUCGUGAAUGUACCGGUGUCACCGGCCGAGCUUCGAAAGACGGCCUACCCGAACAAUGAAAGCGUCGGUCAGUUUCUGCAGGUAAAGGGUAGUGUCAUCCGUAUGACUUCUAGCCGAUUCCUGGAGUACAAACGGGAGUAUGCAUGCACUCGCUGCAAGCAAAAGGUGCUGAUCGAGGCAGAGUACAGCAAGUCGUACGUUUUCGAACCUCCGGGACCAUGCCCGAACGCGCGUGAAGCCGGCUGUCGCGGGCAGCUGCAGCCAGUUUCGGCACAACCCCAGCCCGAGCUUUGUCGAGACUAUCAGGAGAUUCGUAUCCAGGAGAUAAUGAGCGAACGGAACGUACCGGCUUCGCUGGUGGUGACGCUGGAAGACGAUCUUGUGGAUAGCUGCCAGCCGGGUGAUUGUGUGACCGUUUGCGGUCGUAUUGAGCAUCGCUGGAAACCUCCGGUCGUUGGCCGGCGAACGGAGGUGACAAUCGCGAUGCGCGCCAACAGCGUUACCAAGGAGGAAAGCAAAGCUAGCUGGGCGAAAGACUUGCCCGAGCAUUUGCUGUGUGUGCAGGCCGAGUGGCAAGAGGUUUUGCGUGAGAUCGGUGAACUGGCGGCACGCGAUCUGUUGGUUCAAUCGAUCGCUCCCGCCAUCCGCGGUAUGUAUCCGGUGAAGCUGGCGAUAGCGCUUGCAUUGGCUUCAUGUACGGAGCGAAUCGUUGAAGGCGACCAGCAGGCCACAGUCCGAGGACACUCUCAUCUGCUGUUGGUCGGUGAUCCGGGGCUAGCCAAAUCGCAGCUGCUAAAGUUUGCUUCGGAAAUUGCAAGUCGCGCGGUGUACACCACCGGUAUGGGUUGCUCAUCGGCCGGGCUAACGGCUGCCGCGGUUAAGGAUGAAGGAGAGUGGCAGCUGGAGGCCGGUGCACUCGUCCUAGCCGAUGGCGGAAUAUGCUGUAUCGAUGAGUUUAAUCUGAUGCGCGAAACCGAUAAAGCCUCCAUACACGAAGCAAUGGAGCAGCAAACGAUCAGCGUGGCCAAGGCGGGUAUGGUUUGCAAGCUGAGCACACGGUGCGUCGUGCUGGCGGCUACCAAUCCGAAAAAUCUCUACACAAUGUCCGACGGCGAGGGUACGUCGGCGGCGAACAUUGGCAUUGGCGGACCGUUGCUGUCUCGUUUCGAUAUGGUGAUGAUUUUGCGGGACAUUCGGGCACCCGAUUGGGAUGCGGACAUUGCCAAUCAUCUGCUCGCGCUGGCCCUGCUGGACGAGGAUCGGGAGUGCUUCGAGGGCGCGAAUGGUAACCGAUCGGAGCGCAUCGCUCAUUGGGAAUUGGAAAAGCUGCAGCUUCAUUUUGCCGCCAUCAAGGACAUUCAUCCAACGGUGUCCCAUGAGGCAAACUUGAUUCUCGGCGCGUACUACAAAGCCUGCCGAUCGGACCCGUACAGAGAUCCCACGCGGACGACGGUACGGCUGCUGGACAGUUUGUUCCGAUUGGCGCAGGCACACGCCCGCUUGCUGUUUCGCAGCGAGGUAACUCCGAUCGAUGCGAUCACGAUCAUUCAGCUGAUGGAGGCGAGCUGGGGCUUUGGCAAAAUCGGUAUACCGAUUUACAAUCUUAUUAAAGCACCGCUUCCACUUGGCCCGGAACAAAGCUUCAUCGAUCGGCUGCUGAAUUUGCUAAAUUUGCACGAUGCCGUGCAGGAUACGGCCACGGUGCGACCGAUCGAUGCGACCAUACUGCGCCGCUAUCACCGGGAAAUGAUCGAGAAACAAAGGCGAAAGCAGAUGGAAAAGCAGCACCAAGCCAAUCCGGAAGGCGGACGAAUGGGGUACGAUCCAGAAGCAAGAACGCAACAGACGAUCAUGUCUACGUUAACUACGGUAGACGAAUUUCAGGAACAGCAAAAAACUUCUUCAGUAUCGCCACCGGCUCCGACUCAUUCAAAGUACGCUUUAAACAUACGGGCAAAUUUGAAAAAGCUACGCAAACCUACCACCACCGACCCUGCUACGGAAGAAUCUAAUCCAAGAGGAGCCAAAAAACGCAAACGUCCAGCAAACGAGGUCGAUGAGGAUCCAACGUUGAAAGCACCGCUGGAUGAAGCUGCGGUAGGAAAUUUGCUUGGCUCCUUGAGGAAGCAUUUUGUGGAAUCGGAGCCGGAAACACUUUCACCGCAGGCGUCGGUCCAAACGGCGAGCCAAACCCAAAGCAAGGACGCUUCUUUUAGUGCACUGCUGGACACGAGUCAGAUAUUUGACGACGACGACGACGAUGAGGAUCCUACAUCCCGUUCAUCACUAGCGCCGCUUGAAAAACAGGUUGUUCCGGAAGCCCUAACAAAAGUAGUUCGUUCAAAGGACACUUCUUCCGGGGGACAAUCUAGUGUCACUCCCACCCGUAAGGCACGAAAUGAAUCGUUCAGUGCACUCCUUGAAGACGGUGCAAAUAAUAGCAGAUUGCUCAAUGAGGAUAUUGAGUUCGAUGAUGAGUUAAACCUAGCGUUGGAAAAUGGUGCCAGCGCUGAGAAAGUUUGCGCACCGCUAGCCGACACCAUACCGAACACGAUUGCCAAUACGGGAUGCAGUAGCGGUAUAAGCAGUCAACCGGAAGUGGAUACCAGCGCUGAACGUUCCGUGUAUCAGAUAAAGCGAUCCACUCAACGGAGACAGCCCACCAGCAGUCAGCGUUCAACUGGCACGCAGCUGCCUACCGAACCGGAUACAGACGAUUUGCUUAACUUUGAAAUAGAACCCUCGGGAGAGUUUCCACUGCUCAGUGGGUCUGCUGGCGACGAGCCCACUCCCUCCUAUCGGCCCGGAUUACGCACUCAGACGCGUCAAAAAUUGCACCAGUUCGAGUUUCAACCGAAGCGACCCGUUGAUGCUGCUGCCCGUUUGGAGGAGGAUGACAGUGCGUACGAUUCAAUGCUGCGUGAUAGAACCGUACGAAAGGAAGGACAAGCUACUCAGGGGCUUGAAAUUGCCGCUACUACUACUGCUACCACUACUACUUCACAGUACAGUGGACUAGCCGAUGAAGACGUUGAACUAAAUCUAUCCGAUAUUGAGCUGUAGCAAGAGAGGGGUACACCAGCACCACCUCCGAUGUAAAACCAACGGCUGUGAUAUUUAUUUGUGAGAUGUUUUUUUCCGUUUCACAUUAUAAAAUUCAAUUGCAUUUUUGUUUGUAUUUACUCUUCCUUCCCUCUUCUGUUGACCGUUGCGCUUUCUGAAACGAUCGCGGCCAUUUUAAAACUAUGUCUCUGAUGUUUGAAAUUAAAGGAAAAGAAACCAAGUGAACUGAAACAACCCCCUUAUUGCUACACUAUAUAAUUCGUUCCUCUUGUGCUAGGCGAACGUUAGGAAGCAGACGAAUGCGUGUCUUGCUUUUCUAUACCCCCAGCCUGGAAUUUCUGUGACCUGUGUCGCUGUUACUGUGUUACAAAUUCCAACAUGCGUUCCCGCGAUCACCGCUACGGACGACGGAAUGACCGAGCUGGUGCCGCAGUUCAAUGCUUUGAUAGAUGGGCCAAUGCCAAUAACCACUUACACCGCACCGCAAGUUUUGUUCGUCCCGAUCAGUCGAUCUAAUUUACGCUUACGUUUGUUCUUUCUUUCUCUCCAGGUUUCCCAGUCGUUCGUAAAAUAGUAAAAUGAACACAUCUUUUGCAACAACAUUUGCUUUAACGCCCGCCAAAGUUCGAACUGACCUAACUGUCUGACCUAAAUUCUGCAGUUCGAAUGAAUCGAUGAUAUAACGCAGAUUAAUCUGCAUGUGCUCUGCCACAUUGCGAGUGCUACUCUAGUCAAUUCUGUUCCUCCUGCUAGUGCUGUGAGACAGUAAAAUGAGACACUGUCUUUGUAAGGUACAUCUAAUGGUGUAUAAAUGUGUUGCAGGGAAAAAUACAUCUAUUUAAGUGUUUCUGAACUUUGCAAUGUUAGCCAUUUGCGGUCAAACAAACUAUAUUUUCAAAUACUUCACCCUAUUAGUGAUACCGGUGAUGACCAAAUUUCCGGAUCGAAAUGAAAGGAUAAGAAAUGUAAAAAGUGUUUGCUUCUGCUAUUCUGAUUCCGGAAAUGGAAAAGAUGCUUAAGCAAUUCCAGUUUCCCCCGAUCGUUUCAUUUUACACUGGAACGCACCCGAUUUGCGCCACCUGUUGGAUGUAUUCGUCUUCCGAUUGUGAGUCACACUAAGCUAUUAACUCAAUCUUUCGAUCAUCCUGAACAGUUUUGAGCAUGAUGAUGGAACACAGGAACAAGCUAGUUUAUAGCUUAUCGUGUGGGGUAACAAACAAA